UAAAGAGAAGAUGCUCAGAGGUCUGAUAACUGGGAGCUAGAGCACAUCGCACACACAUACACUGCCAGGCUCAGGGGAGUUUGGAUAAAAACGUAAAGAUAUUAGGAUGUGUAGAAACACACGUUAAGAGGUGAACACAGAAAAAUAGAAAUGGACAGAAGACAAACAAUGCUUCUGCAGCUGCUCAGCUUGGCUGCUCUUCUUGCUUGUGCCCAUUGCCAGUGUCAGCAAGGCUGGAGGGAGUAUGAGGAUAAAUGUUACUUCUUUGCCACUGACACAAAGACCUGGACAGAGGCUAACGCAUUUUGUUUGGAGCAGAACAGCAACCUGUUGAGCAUUCUGGACAUUCACGAGAGGUUGUGGGUGAGGACACAAAUCAGCAAUGAGAUCUACUGGAUCGGCCUGAAUGACCAAGUCUCAGAAGGUGUCUGGGAGUGGAGUGAUGGGAGUCCUUUUAUACAAUACCUAUCACACUGGAUGCAAGGCCAACCUGAUAACUGGGGUGAUGAGCCUGGGGAGGACUGUGGUCAGGUGGUAGGAUCUAGCUUUGGACAGUGGAAUGAUGAAAACUGCAAUGUCAAGAGGAAAUAUAUCUGCAAACACAUCAACCCGAAUCCUGGCCCACAGUGUGACUUAGCCAACGGCUGGAGACAGUACGGCUCCAACUGCUACAAGCUGAAGGCAGAUGCCAGGAAGAGCUGGUCGGCAGCCAGGCAUGACUGUGUGCAGGAUGGAGGAGACCUGGUGUCCAUUACCACAGCAGGAGAAGAACAGUACAUCAUAGGAGCACUGGACCCAUCAAAGUUUGACCUCUGGAUUGGGCUUUCCACACUGAAAUGCAACAAGAUUUCAUGUCAAGUUGAAGCAGGAAACAGUCAGUUCACCUGGUCUGAUGCUCUGCAAGUUGGGUACACAAACUGGGGUGACGGUGAACCUAGAGUUGAUGCACAGACUGGCUCAUGUUCUGCAAUAAUCAAAGAUUCAUCAGAUCAAUUUGGGAAAUGGAGAUCCCAUGCUUGCAGAUAUGAGCGGUCUUAUAUGUGUAAACGGCCACUUAACACCAUCUGUCCUCCUGGCUGGCUGAGCUUCAGUGGCAGUUGUUACUGGUUGGUCAGUAAUAUGAAUCUGUUGACCACCUGGCAUGAGGCCCUCAGCAAGUGCUCCGAUAUGGGGGCCCACCUGCUGAUUAUAAACAGUCAAGAAGAACAGUUCUUCAUAAACGGGAACCUUCCAGACUUUCACCAAGUGGACAUUCCUGACAUCUGGAUUGGUUUAUCAGAUAAGGACCAGGAUGGGGAUUUCAAAUGGGUGGAUAAAACCACGAUUACUUUUUCCAACUAUGGUCCUGGUUGGCCCAGAAACACUGCAGGCUCCUGGGACUGUGGACAAAUCUUCACAGGAAAUUAUGAUGGCAAAUGGGAAACAACCAACUGCUUCAAGAGCCUGGGUUACAUCUGUGAGAUGACAGGUGGACAGAACCCCAAACCAACUUCAGCCCCUGAUUCCCACUGUGACCCUGGAUAUUUGUUGUAUGGGGACUUCUGCUAUCAGUUUGAGACUGAGUCGGUGAAAAACUGGCAGGAUGCUGAGGCUCACUGUAACAGAGAGCAGGCUCACCUGGCCAGCUUCCACUCACAGGAAGAACUGAGUUUCCUAACUGCUCACAUGCCAGGGGAAGCCUGGGUGGGUUUGAAUGAUAUCGAUGUUGAAAACCAGUUUGUAUACACCGAUGGAACUCCUGCAGACCUCCUCCCAUGGGCGCCCAACCAGCCAGACAACUGGCAGGACGAGGACUGUGUGUACCUCACAGGGAUGACUCACCCUGAACCUGGGCUACUCAUUGAUGAUUACUGCACCGCCACAAAGGAAUUUAUCUGCAAAAAAGCCAAGGGACAAGGACCUCCUCCCCAGCCCCCAACAUCUGGACCAGGAUGGAAUGAGAAAUGUGGCUUUUGGAUGUCUGACCCUUUUAACGACUACUGCUACCUGUUUAACUACCUGUCGAUGAGGAAGUGGGCAGAGGCCAGAGCUGACUGUGUCAACCAGGGAGGAGACCUCGUCAGUAUCACCGACCCCUUUGAACAAGCCUUCAUUCAAGGUGUGAUCCAGCAGAGUCCCACAGGGAUCUCUCUGUGGAUGGGUGGUCAUGACUCCAUCACUGAAGGAGGCUGGGAGUGGACAGAUGGGGCUCCUUUCAGAUACAUCCGCUGGAAUGCAGGUAACCCAGACAACUAUUACGGGGAAGACUGCCUGUCUAUACUUAUUAACACCGGCUACUGGAAUGACGACAACUGUGAGAACAAAAGAGGAUACAUCUGCAGGCGGAGAGGAAACACACCGGAGCCUCCUCCACCUCAUGAUGGUUUCAUGACGGCGCUGGUGUGCCAGGACUCUUCUGCUGUCCUUCACUGUCCACAUGAAAGUGUAAUUAACAUCCAUUCGGCUUUCUACGGACGAAAGAGUAAUGACAUCUGUCCACACCUGGAUGGAUCAGGAGGAGGAAGCUGCAUGGUGGAAGGUAUCCUUCCUUUCUUUAGAAAGGCGUGUGACAACCGUCCCUUCUGCUUUGCGUACGCCCAUACGGAGGUGGACCCCUGUCCCACUAUUUCCAAAUAUCUCGAGAUCACCUACAGUUGCGAACAAAAAGUGUGUCUGCACGGCCUGGGUGUCGAGGACGGGAACAUCACAGACUCCCAGCUCUCUGCUUCCUCCUCCAUUGGUCUUUUCACUCCCAGCAAAGCCCGUUUGAAUGGAAAUUCCUGCUGGAUGCCUUCAGGAAUCCCAACCUCAAGCUGGAUCCAGGUAAACCUGGGCCAGACCAGAAAAGUCACAGGAAUAGUAAUCCAGGGUUGUCCUCAAAAUGACCAUUGGCUCACCAAAUUUAAGAUCCAGCACAGUAUGGACGGAACAACCUGGACUGACUACACUGCUGACGGGCAGUUUUUCCCAGGCUCAGCAGACAGAAACACUCCUGAUACUCAUCUGCUGGGUACACCUGUGUCAGCUCAGUACAUCCGCAUCCUCCCACUGGAGUUCAGCGGUCAGGCAGGCCUUCGCUUCGACGUCUUAGGAUGCUCUCCGGACUAUGCAGUCUCAUGCGCCAAUAAGCCCAACUUCAACUUUGCCAAUGAUCAAAUGACUGUCCACUGUCCAGCAGGCUGUGCCAAUGCUUACUACAGCGUGUACGGCACUUCGGUAUAUCGUGGGGACUCAAACAUCUGUGCUGCAGCUAUCCAUGCUGGAGUGAUAAUAAAUGACAUUGGCGGAGAUUGUACUUUGUUGAAAGCUGCAGGACAAGACUUCUAUGCCGGCUCCACCAGGAAUGGCAUCACCUCAAGACAAUUUGAUGGAAACUAUGCUGUGUCUUACACUUUUGCAGAUGGGGAGCUGAGGUGUUCAGGGCCUGACUGGUAUGAGUUUGGAGAGUUCUGCUACAAACCGUUUGGAGACAAAAAGACAUGGCGUAAUGCCCAAUACACCUGCAGGAGUCUGGGUGCUGAACUCGUAUCCAUCCUCUCGAUGACGGAGCAGAGCUGGCUGGAAAGCUACCUGUACAUGGCCACCAGUGACGUGUGGACUGGUCUGAAUGACCUGUUUGUGUCUGGUAUGUUCACCUGGUCUGACAAACACAUGGUGACCUUCACUUACUGGGCUCCAGGAGAACCCAACAACCACGAUGGGUUCAGUGAAGACUGUGUUGAGAUGUUACACCAGACUGGCCGAUGGAACGACGUGUCCUGUACAGAACUCAAUACCUAUAUAUGCAAAAUGCCUAAAGCACAUUACCCAGUGCCCUCUGUGAAACCCACCGUGUAUGGAUGCCCUCAGGGCUGGGAUGCAUACGGCUACUCCUGCUACUGGAUGGAGGAGACCACUAGGAGCUGGUCGGAUGCUAAGGCUUUCUGUAAAGAGCAGGACGCCUUCUUGCUGCACAUUGGAGACAUUUAUGAGCAGGCACAUUUUACAGUGGCACUGUCAGGAAAGACUGGUUUGUGGUGGACUGGCCUGCGUGCUCGAGGAGGGAUGAGUGGAGGGGUGGACUACAUCUGGGACAAUGGCUCACCUCUCACUUUCACUCACUGGGACAGAGACCAGCCAGAUAGCGGGGAUGGCACUUGUGUGGCUAUGACAACGGGUCAGAUUGGUGGUUUCUGGGAUGACAAGCAGUGCUCAGAGAAGUACGCAUUCAUCUGUGAGAAACACAGGCCCGACAUCACCCCACCCACCAAGGCCCCGACUCCUCCUCCUUCACAGGGCUGUACUGAGGGCUGGACGGCUCUGCCUCACUUCAGAAACUGUUACAGGCUCUUCCACAAUGUGGACUGGUUCCUGAAGAAGAGCUGGGGAGCAGCACAUGAGGACUGUGUCGCCAGAGGAGCUAAUUUGGUCAGCAUCCACAAUCAAGAGGAAGAAGAGUUCCUGUCUUUGUACAGCAAAGCCAGCAGCAAGUGGAUUGGCCUCAAGCACAACCCUACAGAAGGAGGGUAUUCUUGGAGCGAUGGCUCACCUCUCUCGCACACCAACUGGGGUCAAGGGGAACCCAACAACCACGAGGGCCGCGAGGAGUGUGUAGAGAUGGUGAGCAGCACCAAUGGGACCAACUCCUGGUGGAACGAUCUCAACUGUGAUGCUCACCAGGACUGGAUAUGCAUGAUUGCUAAAGGAAAGAAACCCAUCCUACCCCCAGUGCCCCCACCUCCUCUCCCAGCUGCUGAUUGUGGUACUAACCUUGGCUGGAGGAAGAACAACAACAUCUGCUACUACUACAAUGACACCGACAUAGUGGACUUCCACACGGCUAUGAGACGCUGCUACGCUGAGAAGGCCUCCCUCGUCUCCAUCCUCAACAAAGACGAACAGGCAUAUGUUAACAGCAUGGUGGGGACAGGCAAGGUUUCUGCAGCUUGGAUUGGAAUGAGGAUGAAAGGCAUUGCAAGUGGACAAUACAUGUGGGUGGACUUCUCCCCUGUGACAUAUACUCACUGGGGUCCAGGUGAGCCCAACAACGCCAACGGGGAGGAGCAGUGUGUUCAGAUGAACAGACAUCAAGGUGGAUGGAAUGAUGCCAACUGUGGUCGGGCUGGAGCAGGUUACGUCUGUAAGAAGUUCCCCGGAGAUGUCCACACCCCUCCUCCACCCACACAGCCCUGGGAGGGCAACUGCCCUGCAGGUUGGAUGCGUUUCAAGGAUAAGUGCUUCAUGUUCAAAGGGAAGAAAAAUGACAUUAAAGCCAACUGGUCUUAUGCUCGGAGUUGGUGCAAAGAACAAGGAGGAGACCUGGCAAUUAUUGAUGACCAGUACGAGAAUGACUUUGUCUCUAGUUACCUGAGGGACCUGAAGCGUCCCACGUGGAUCGGUCUGUCAGACCUCUUGGUAGAGAAUCAGUACGCCUGGAGUGACGGGGUCAGCCCGGUGCUGUACACCAAUUGGAAUGACAAGGAGCCCAACAAUGCAGGGGGAGCGGAACACUGUGUGGCGAUGACUCACAACCCCCUGGUGAGCGGCAAGUGGAAUGAUGAUGCCUGUCAUAGGGAUCAUAGCUUCGUCUGCUACAGGAAGAAAUCGAGCAACAUCAACCCUCCACCCCCAACCAAGAGCCCCUGCCCGGCUGGCUACAUCUCCUGGUACCUGAACUGCUACAAGCUGGUGGAGGAGCCGGCGACCUGGGACGCGGCCCAGAUGGCCUGCGAGCAGCAGGGAGGCAACCUGGCCAGCAUUGAUAUGAGCUACGACCAGGCCUUCGUCGCUGGAGUGGUCCUGCAGGGCAAAGCUGAUGCCUGGAUCGGACUCAGGCGCAAGGAGGAUGAGUCCUACACGUGGACAGAUGGCUGGCCAGUUUUUUUCACUCAGUGGGGACCAGGAGAGCCCAGCAACAUUAAGGAUGAGGGCUGCGUGAGUAUGCACGGUUCACAGGCGUUCCAUGGGACCUGGAAUGACACCAAGUGUGACAAAGCUAAACCCUUUAUCUGCAAGAUCUCUUCAGAGAAACCGCCGCCGACUCCUGCCCCUGGUGACGGGAAGUGUCUGCCAUUCUGGUUCCCCUACGGCCGCUACUGUUACCACGUGUACAACGGUCAGCAGGGUUUCUCUUGGCCGGACUCCCAACAUUACUGCCAGUCAGCCAAGGCAGAGCUGGUGUCCAUCCACAGCAGAGCGGAGGUGGAGUUCAUCAGGAACCUCAACUACACCAAACAUCACCACAUCUGGAUUGGCCUCACCAGGGAUCGCAACUUUGGCUGGGGCUGGACAGAUAAGACGUCUCUGGGCUUCCUCAACUGGGCUCAAGGUGAGCCCAAUGCAGCCUUUCACCCUGGGGACGUGGCCGAAGAGAACUGCGUGGAGAUGUACGAUGACGGACACUGGAAUGAUAACAACUGCCUGCAGAAGAGAGGUUUCGCAUGCCGCCAUCGCCAGUACUAUACAACAGAUGAUGGCGGUAAUCCAGUUUUUCCCACUGAUGGUCCAGGUGUCAACAAUGCAGGGGUGGUAGCUGGCGCUGUCAUUGCAGCCAUUGUGAUUUUCGCCUUGAUAGCUGGACUGCUGUACUAUGUCUUCAGUGUCCGGGGGCAUAAACUGAGCGGCUUGAGCCUGCCAACAAGAACAACCAGUCACGUUGAUGUGCCUGCUUUCACAAACCCCAACUUCACAGGAGAAUCAGACACAUAAACCAUCAUUCAAGUUUUGUACAGUACACUGAAUGUGAUGCUUUUUUUUUUUUUUUAAA